GGGAAUUUCUGGAUGCAGCUCAGAGGGACUUAUAUAGGAAUGUAAUGUGGGAGAAUUAUAGCAACUUUAUUUCACUAGAGAAGAACUAUUCUUAGUAGAAGAAAAAAUAACAAAUAUAAAAGCUGAAAUCAACAAAAUAAAAAAAGAAAUAGAGAAAAUUAAUAAAGCCAAAGUUAAUUUCUUUAAAAGAUCAGCAAAGUUGUUAAACAGUAAACAUGACUAAUCAAGAGGAAAAGAAAACAUAAAUUACUGUCAGGAAUGAUAGAGAGGUUUUCAGUUCAAAUCCUAUAGCCAUUAAAAGAAUAAUAAGAGAAUACCAUGGAUAACUUUCUACUAGUGAAUUUGACAGAUUAGGUGAAAUUGAAAAAUUCCUUGAAAAAUAAAACUUACUAGAACUAACACAUGAUCAAAAAACACAUAUAGAAAAUCUUUAUAUUUGUUAAAGUAAUUAAGUUAAUUUUAUUGCCACAUAUUCCUUUGUGGAAAUAUUUCCACAAAGAAAAUGUCAGGCCCUGACAGUUUUACUGGUGAAUUCUAUUAAAUAUUUAAGAAAUUAAAGCAGUAUUACACACAUUUCUGUAGAAAAGGAAAGAGCAACCUCCAACUCAUUUUAUGAGACCACAUAACUCUUAUAUAAAGAUUUACAAAAACCCCCAAAUCACAAGCCCAUAUCCUUUAUGAACAUAGAUAUAAAAAUUUAACAAAAUAUUACCAAAUUGGAUUCAGGUAAUGGCUAUUACCUUAAGUAAUGACUUUCCCAUGCCUGCUAAGCCUCACUCACCAAGGUAGUGUCUUCUUGUCCUUUCCCUCAUAACCCUUCCUGGCUCCUUUCCUUCAUCCAAUAAUGUAAUCACAUCUAGUUAGAAAUGAAGAGUCCUGCUUAAUAGAAAAAUAUGACAUGAAAUUAUGAGCCCAAAUGUCCUUAGAUUCAGAUUUGGUUAAAUUUAUAAUGAACUCUAGGCCAAAAUGAUAUUUUAUCAAGUCUAAGUCAUAAAAAUAAUGAUCUAGUAGGGUUUAUCCCAGAAAUGCAAGCUUGGUUUAAUAUUAAAAAUUUAAUCAGUGUAAUUCUGUCUUCCUCUUAUAAGACCACCAGUUAUAUCUGCUUAGUAGUUUAUUCUUAUGACUUUAUUUAACCUAAAUUACAAUGUAAAAGCACCAUCUUCAACUACAGUUACAUUGGGGAUUAAGAUUUCAAUGUGUGAAUUUUGGGGGAGGACACAAUUCAGUUCAUAGCAAUAUCUAUAUAUGAUCUAAUUUCUUUACAACUUCUAUUUUGAUUAUUUGAUUUAUAUAUUUAAUUUUCUAAAAAUAUAGUUAUUAUUCAUUUACCAAAUACUUGAGUGCUCUGUACCAUAGACACUAGUGGAACUGUUGUGAACAGGAGUGAUAGGCCACAGGAGUCGUGUUGUUGCUUACGAUUCCAUUUUAAUAGGAAUAAGGACAUUACAUAAACUAGUAAAUGAAUAAAUAUUGUUAGGUAGUGACAGUAUUAUUAAGAAAAGUGAGAAUAUAAUAAUAUAAUAUUUUAUGUCAGUUAAUAUAUGUCAACACAACUAUGUCAACAACCCACAAUUAAAAAAAGGCUCAUAAAAACAGAACAUUAUAUUAUCACCAUUAUGCAAUAAAGAUAUUGAGUAUCAUAACAAAAAGUGAGAAGACAGGGGAAUAGAAAUUGGCUUUUUGAGCAGGUGAUAUAUGAGUGGUGACAUGAAAAAAGAGGUCAGGCCAUAAGAAUAUCUAGGUCAAGAGCAGUCCUGAUAGAACACCAAAUGCCGAGGCCUUGGAUUGGGUGACAGAAGCCCUGUAUGUCUGAGGAACAGCAAGAAGGCCAGGAUGAUGCAGAUGAUUAUUCAAAAGAUUUGGAGUCCAGAUAUAAGACCAAUACUUUAUCUCCAGAAAAGGAUAUUUAUGAAACAUAUUUAUUCCAGUGGGAGAUAAUGGAGACAUCUAAAAGCUAUUGCCUUCAGGACUCCAUUUUUAGAAAUUAUUGGGAAUGCAAAAGUAAGUUUGAGAGGCAAAUGGAACCACAAGAAGGAUAUUUGGGGCAAGUGAAAAAUACUUCUGAAAAAAUAACCACUUACAAAAAGCAAAAUUUUGUUGCUGAAUAUCAGAGAGUUCAUAAUGGAGAAAAGUUAUAUGAAUGUAAAGAAUGUACGAAGACCUUUAUUCGUCGUUCAACACUUAGUCAGCACCUGAGAAUUCAUACUGGUGAGAAACCGUAUAAAUGUAAGGAAUGUGGGCAGGCUUUUAGACAGCGUGCACACCUUAUUCGACAUCACAAACUUCAUACUGGUGAGAAACCCUAUGAAUGUAAGGAAUGUGGGAAGGCCUUUACAGUGCUCCAAGAACUUACUCAACAUCAGAGACUUCAUACUGGUGAGAAGCCUUAUGAAUGCAAGGAAUGUGGAAAGGCAUUUAGAGUACAUCAGCAACUUGCCAGGCAUCAAAGAAUUCACACUGGUGAGAAACCCUAUGAAUGUAAGGCAUGUGGGAAGACCUUUAGGCAGUGUACACACCUUACUCGACAUCAGAGACUUCAUACUGCUGAGAAGCUCUAUAAAUGUAAGGAAUGUGGGAAAGCCUUUGUAUGUAGUCCAGACCUUAAAGUACACCAGAAAAUUCAUUUUGGUGAGAAGCCUUAUGAAUGUAAGGAAUGUGGAAAGACUUUUAGAAUAUGCCAACAACUUACUGUCCAUCAAAGUAUUCAUACUGGUGAGAAACCCUAUGAAUGUAAAGAAUGUGGAAAGACUUUUAGAUUAAGACAACAACUUGUUCGCCAUCAGAGAAUUCAUACUCGGGAGAAACCUUUUGAAUGUAUGGAAUGUUGGAAGACCUUUAGUAGUUACUCACAACUUAUUUCACAUCAGAGUAUUCAUAUUGGUGAGAGACCUUACGAAUGUGAAGAAUGUGGGAAGGCCUUUAGACUGCUCUCACAACUUACUCAACAUCAGAGUAUUCAUACUGGUGAGAAACCCUAUGAAUGUAAGGAAUGUAGAAAACCAUUUAGACUGCUCUCACAGCUUACUCAACACCAGAGUAUUCAUACUGGUGAGAAACCUUAUGAUUGUAAGGAAUGUGGUAAAGCUUUUAGACUUUAUUCAUUUCUUACUCAACACCAGAGAAUUCAUACAGGUGAGAAACCCUACAAAUGUAAGGAAUGUAAGAAGGCCUUUAGACAGCAUUCACACCUUACUCAACAUCAGAAAAUUCAUAAUGGAAUUUAGUACAAGAAAGCCUUGAAGUGUAUAGAACAUCACGAAAUUCAUUUUUGAUAUUUUUUAUGCUCACAUCUAAGCAUAAGAAAUUUCAUAUUACAGAAAAAUGUUGCUUUAAAAGCCUUCCUUCACCAUUCAGACAUCAUCUUUAGCAAAUAUAUGUCAGAGAAUAAUACAAUUAAUGUAAUAAAAAUCUUUAACUUUAUUAUUAUCUCCAUUUUACCACUUUAUUACCAGUAUGUUACUGGACAAGGUACUUAAACUUCUGUGUCUCAUUGUGUUCACUCAUAAGUUGGUGAUAAUAGCACCUAUGUACAUUAUUUAUUGCUGUGUAAUACAUUAUCACAACUUAAUUAAUAACUUAAAAUAAUACAUAUAUAUCAUUUCACAAUUCUAAGAGUUAGAAGUCUGGGUAUAAUUUAGUUGGGUCUUCUGCUUCAGGGUCUAUUACAAGGCUAAAAUCAAAGUUUUAGCUUGGGCUAAGACUCAUCUGAAGGCUCAGGUGAGGAAGGGAUCCACUUCAAACCUCACAUGGUUGUUGGGCGAAUUUAUUUUCUUGAGGGCUAUCACAUUGAGUUCCUCAGUUUCUGACUGUUGGCUAAAAGCUGAACUCAGUUCCUUGCCCCAGGGGCCUCUUGCACAUGCUGCUUACUUCAUUAAAACAUGCAAGCCAAGAAGGCAGUAGAGUUUACUAGAAUUAUAAAAGUUAUAAUCUUGUUUAGUCUAAUUACUGACUAUUAGGUUGACCCAAAAGUUUGUUUGUUUGUUUUCUAUAAGGUGGCUCUAGUAGCUCUUAGUUGUUUUUAACUUCAUUCAAAACUAUUUUGUUAGAUGGUGUUGUGACAGCUGUCAUGUCAGCAUGCAUUUUAAAAAACCUUAUAAAACUUGGUGAAUUUUUUGUGUAGCAGUUUCAGUAUUAAAUGAAAGAAAGUGUGCGACAUUUUUGGCUUUGUUAUUUCAAGAAAGGUAAAACACCAAAAAUGAUUUGUGCAGUGUAUGGAAAAUGUGCUGUAACUAAUGGAACAUGUCAAAGUGGUUUGUGAAGUUUUGUCCUGGAGAUAUCUCGCUGGACAAUGCUCCAUGGUUGGGUAGACAAGUUGAAGUUGAUAGUGAUCAAAUCAACACAUUAAGAAUAACAACGUUAUAGUAUGGGGGAGAUAGCUGAUAUACUCAAAAUAUCCAAAUCAAUAGUUAUUGGUAAAAAUGAAAAAACGUGUCUUUUAUUUUAUAGAAAAAACUAUACAGACUUUUUGGCCAACCACAUAUUUUGUCACUUUUGCUGUCUUCUGCUGGCUACAAGCGAAUUUCUAGGUUGCCCACACUCAAAGGAAGAGUAGUAAACAAGAAUGUGAAUACCAGGAGGUAGGGACCACUGGGGCCAGUUCAAAGUCAGCCUACAACAAUGUGUAAUAGAAUUGCAAGGAUUAAGUAGUUAAUAGUUAGGAAAAUAGCAGCUACACAGCAUGUUUUUUGUAAAUAUUAUCUGUAAUUGUAUCAUUAUUAGUACUAGUGAAUUCAUAUGAAAGGAAUAUCCUAUAGAAGUAAUAAAGGGAGAAAUGCCUUUUCUCACUGUUCAGCACUUAUUUGUCCUGGGUAAAAAAAUAUAGAAGGUUGUAUUAAAUGUGAGAAGUUCUUCAUCACUUAAGCUGCAUCAGAUAUUUUAUGGUGAAAAGAAAGCUUUAAGAAUUUCAUGAAGAGGAGGUUUUUAAGAGUACAACUAUUGAAGACUCAAAGAAAAACAUGAAAUUAUUUUCCCAUAAUAAAUUCCCAAAAGUAGAUGUUUUGUGAUCUUUACUGUCUGAGCGCAAAUCAAGAUUGAUUAGAAACUAUCAGAAAGAUGGCAAAAAGGAAACUAAUCACUGGAAAUUUAACAUUGUAAAUUGUGCAUACGUGUGUGUGUGUGUGUGUGUGUGUGUGUGUAUGAGAUAGUAUGUGUAAAACUCUUGUAUAAAAGGAAGAAGACAUUAUUUCAUAAUGGUCACUAUGACUUUUGGUGCUCAUAUUGUCCCAUCUUCAACUAGUAGAAGUAGUCUUUUGAAAUUCGUAGUGACACCACUCAUAGUUUACUUGGUUAUGGCUCUAUAGUUCAGUCAGCUAUGGAUGACAUUUUGGCACAAUUCAGCAUUCUGAAAAUUGAUAAAUAAGGGAGAAAAUAUUUUACUUUUCCCUUGUGAACCAAGUUUUAUAGCAUCAAAAGCUUUCAAAUUAAAGAGUCUUUAAAAUCUAGUAAACACAGGGGGAUUGACAGUAUUAGAAUAAUCACCAUUUUCUAGUUUCCUAAUGGAAUAAUGGGUCCAGAAAAUGAUCAGUGAAUAUUAAAACUAUUAAGUGAAGGUUUUUAUAGUGUGAACAUUAGAAUGAAUUUACUGAGCUGACCACCUCUGAACCCUUUAAUCAACUUUAACCAGUAUAAAAGUGGGGCUAUUAGACUAUUCCCCUCUUGAAAUAAUGCAACAGAAAGUACACACCACUACUUAUAAAACCCUAUUGCCAAAAUAAUUAACUGAAGGAAUUAAACUGUUAAGUCAAAUUUUUUAAAAAAAGAAUUUAGGGAUUAGACAAAGUAAAUGGCAACACAAGAAAGCAGCCAAACAAAUCCAGUAUGUAUAAAAUUCUACAAAACAAUCUGCUUUCUUCAACUAAUGAGUGGCAUAAAAAAGAAAAUAAGGGCAAUUGUUAACAGAUUAAAAGAGACAAGAGACAUAGCAACUAAAUAGUAUAUGGGCAUUACUUGGACCUAUUUGGAACAAAACGUAAAAGGAUUUUGGAGACAGUGAGGGGAAUGUGGACAUGCACUGACUGUUAGAUAAUAUUUAGAAACAAUUUUGUUAGGGAUGAUAAUAUCAAUGUGGUUAAGAAAUAAGAGCUCUUGUGUGUUAGAGUAUAUGCUUACAUGUUUAUGAAAUGAUAAGCUAUUCAGAUUUACAUUAAAAUACUUCAGCAAUAGAAAAAAAUUGGCAAAGAACUGGAAAGUAGAUUGACAAAAUGUUGAUAAUCACUGAAGUGGAGUGGUUUGUAUAUCGGGGUUUGUAAUAAUAUUUCUACUGUUUAUGUGUUUGAAAGUUUCAAUAAAAAUGUUUA